AUGCCGCUAAAACGGACGCCGCCGCCUAGUACACUCAAUCGUGGUGAAAAGGAAGAAAACGUAUUCUGUCCUCGAUUCAUUAUACCACAAUCAGGAUCCACUCCUAACUUAACAGAUAUGGAAAGUGACAAUAACACCAGCAGAUUUAAGCGCAAGCGCGAAAAUAGCCCGGUAUUUAUGCAGGAAAUUCGUAGUUUAUUGUCUGCAUCUAAUGCAAAAUCAGACGAGAAAUUCACAGCCUUGCAGUCGGCUAUGGCUGAGGUUAUCGCUCAAAAUACAGAAAUAAAAGACGCAAUUGCCUUUACUUCGAAGCAAUAUGACGAUAUGAUGGUACAAUUAAAUCAAUUAGAAUCUGAGCGUAAGUCUGAUCGUGUCCAUAUUCAACAGUUGGAAGAAAAAGUAGAGAACCUGGAACGUAUGCUGUAUUCAACUAAGAUAGAAAUCAGGAAUAUACCCAAGAAGCCGGGCGAAAACAAGGAUGAUUUAUGCACUAUUAUAACUAGAGUUGGUAAUGUACUUGAAACACCGAUUCAACGUCAAGACAUUAAAGAUGUUUUUCGAGUGAAUUAUAAGGACAGCAAGUCAUCAGCAAUAAUUGUAGAUCUCAGCAGCGUCAUUUUAAAAGAGAACUUAUUAAAAAAAAGGUCGUCAUUUCAACAACAAAAACAAGCAAAACAAACUUAA